AUGAGCUGCCACGAAGUUAUGAGUGUAGCAUUCCUUUAUUGGGUCAAAUACGUCCUUGAUCGGAGCACAAACAAAAAUGCUCAGAAUUUUCGCGUACAAACUUUGAAGUUUCAGGAACCUAACGCCAACAGACAAACCUAUAUCGCAAACGGACCUAGCGCUGCAAACCGUUUGAGACCGGCGACUUCACGGCAGACAGCGCGUCACCAUCUGUGUGUCCGAGCGUUAGAUCUCACUGAGAACUUUGUGGAGCAGUAUAUCAUGGCGGAAAUUGCUCUUGGCAGCACUCUCGAGUUGUUAUCGCGUCAUUAG